UCCUAGCUUAAACCAGACAAUGACACGCACAGAGGUGUGUACGUGGCGAGCUGGGCUCAUUCGCCGCUGCCCUCAUACCAGAACUACACUUUUCAAACAGUCUGUAAGCUUCGUGGACAUUAAUGAUUUGAAACCAAGACGUUUAAAGUGAGACUCGGUGUAGGGAGUCCUUCUGAUCGGCUGUGGGAGGGGCGACUCCAGCAGCCCGACCGCAUCAGCCCGUCAGUCAGCCGUGCGGUGCUGAAACUGACCGGAGCUUCGUUAUCGUCGCCUACAUCGAAAUCUCUCCCAUCCUCGGGGACUCGUUACUUGGAUGCCUCUUGCACCCACGAGCCGCCCUGCGCCGGCCGAUGGAAACGGACAUCCGCGAAAAUGUGCGCGAAUGUGUUCGGAGUUUUGAAAAGCCUUUUUGGGAAGCCCUUUGAUGGUGGGAAGAGAAUGGACCAUGGCGGCCCGCCGCAGCAGCAGCGACAGCAUCCGAUGGAGCAGCAGCAGCAGCCGUACAACCCGCAGCACCCCGCCAUGAUGCGGCUGUACGAGGUUCAGAAGGAGGUGGCCUCUCUGGGGCCUCAGGUCUGCACCUUCAGCGGCCUGCAGAACGACCGGGACUACAAGCGCCUGGAGCGGGAGCUGACGCGGCUGCUGCUGGAGGUGGACCAGGUGGACACGGAGGGCAAGCCGGACCUGCAGGGGGCGCGAAAGAGGGCGGCGCAGGAGGUGGAGGGCCUGCUGCGCUACCUGGAGGAGAACGCCACCCACCCGUCCCGCCUGGCCAUCGAGGAGCUGAGCACCAGCGCGCGGCAGCUGGUGGACGACCGCGUGGUGGCGCCGCAGCGCUCCGGCGGCGCGGCCGAGAUCAGCGACGAGCUGGUGGACGCGCUGCAGCAGCUGGUGCUGCGGCUCACCCAGGUGAAGACCGAGGGGCGGGUGCCGCUCCGCAAGGCCCGCUACCGGGCGCUGACGCGGCUGUGCGCCGUGCAGGACGUGAUCGAGGGGCGCACGCAGCAGCAGACCCUGUCGCUGCCGCUGUCCGGGGACACGCACGAGGCCGUGCACCGCAUCAACCAGGUGAUGGUGAAGGUGAGCGUGGCCCGCAGUCAGCUGGUGGCGCUGCUGAUGGGGCUGAGCGGGCGGGACAGCUGCGCCCACCUGUCGCGGAUCCUGACGGAGAUGCAGGUGGAGCUGGACGCCCUGGACGUGUCCGGGAACGCGGCCAUCAGGAAUUACAGGAAGCAGGUCGUGGAGGAGAUAAACGGGCUGCUGAAGCAUCUGGAUCUGGAGGGAGAGGGAGACGACACGCGCAGAUACGACCUGGCCCAGAACAACUCCAUCCGCGAGAUCGAAGCCGUGCGAGCGCACGUCUCUCACCUGCGGGAGGGCAUCCUGCGCUACUGCGCCAUGGGCGACCUCAGCUUCAGACCCAAAGCCGAGCUGCAGGGCCUCCUCACGCACCUGGACCAGGUGGACACGGCCAAGAACCCGUGCAUCCGGGAGGCCCGGCGCCGCGCCGUGGUGGAGGUCCAGGCCGUCAUCACCUUCCUGGACCUCCGCGAGGCCCUGGCCUGCCGCCAGCCGGGCCCCAACGAGCACCCGUCGCACCGGGCCGUGUGGCUGGUCCUGGGCAGCCUGUCGGACCUGCAGGCCCAGGUGCUGGGCUUCGACGGCAAGCGCGCCGACAAGAGCUACAUGAUGCUGGAGGAGCUGCUGACCAAGCAGCUGCUGGCGCUGGACGCCGUGGAGCCGCAGGGCGACGAGACGACCAAGGUGGCCCGGAAGCAGGCGGUGAAGUUCGCCCAGAACAUUCUGAACUACCUAGACAUGAAGACGGACGAGUGGGAGUAUUGACUCAAGAGAAACACACGCGUUGCAAGGUGGACGGGACUCACUGCAGGAUAAUGUGUGUAAAUAAAACCAAUGCAUUAUCAUUCCACGGGCCGUAAAUACUGACUCAUAUUCCCAGGAUGCACUGCAGCAGCUCUGUUCCUCGGUCUUUUUGUGGUAGCUGUGCUAAAGUCAACAACACAGAACUUCUUUUGUGCAACACACCAUCUGUUUAUGUGUGUUUUAUGAACAUUUUCUUUUUAAACUCUCCCGUGUGUGUUAGUACGGCGUCGUCGUCGUGGUUACCGCGUGUGGUUGUUGAUGGAUUGUGUCGCAGCGGCUUCCCUGUCUGGCCUGAUUAAUCAGUUGCUAAUGGAGACAGCCAGUGCUUGUGGAGUACAGUGACCCAAUUACUGCCGCCGUGAGAGCAGGGCCGGACUGGACUGAUACCUGACGGGGGCACAGCCAAAUGUGUACAUAGAAAUAGAAGUGUGUUCAGAGUCAGUGGUUCAAACUAAUGUUAAACGAAAAAGAAUGAGAGUCUGCGAUUGGAAAAAGCUCGACUCAAAGGUGAAACAAGCAGAACUAAGGCAAACAGCAGCUGGUGCCAAAUCCAGGCUAAGUUGAUUGAACAGUGGGAGUUUGUUCUGUUGACGCGACCCGGCCCGUGCGUCUAAUAGAAAGAAGCACCCCCACCCGCUUUCGCUGCUUGUGUGUCUGUUUGUCCCCGUGUUUCAUGUGUGUUGUGACUCGUACCAUCGUGCUUCUAUAAAUGGAUCAGGUUAGAAUUCAGAGAUGGGACGAGAAUCUCGCCGCUGCUGCUUUAGGCUUUUGUUUCUACCCACUGCUUUUCACUGUGGAGGACUGAGAGGUCCCUGGGGGGUGGAGGAGGAGGAGAGGCAGGUUGGGGCGGCAGUAUUCACUGGAUUGACACAUCAAGGCCGACGCUCACGGGCCGACAGUGGGGUGCUGACGGUGAUGGCAGCUGGCGGAGCCUUCUAGAAAGCUGGAGACGGCGGGAGUGAAGUCCAGAUCUCUGUGCCUUUAUUUUCACCCUUCCCUUUGGGCCAGGUCGUGCUCAAGCAGCCUUCCGGUGAGGACGUGCAGACGUAUCAGCGGUGAGGGAACAGGCCCACUGAAUGUUUAACCGUUACCGCCCCCGGACACCUGCACCACGCUGCUUUUUCCUAUCCGUAUUUUCCCCCAGACAAAGGUUGAGUCCUGCUCGGUCCCUUUUUUUUGUAAUAAGACAGAAUUUCGGUGCCACUGACGAAAACCGUCAGUAAUGGCAUCACAUGGUCCCGUUUCCUGCUCAAAAUCAACUCAAUAGACAGAAAAAGUUCAAAUUCAGCGACUGAGCUCAAAGUCAAGAAAAUCUAGAAUUCCUUUCUUACCUCAGUUUCAACCACCAGUAUAAUCAAGAUAAUAUAAUCUGGCACAAGGCCUAUGACUCGGCCUGAGUCAUAAGGGAGAGAACGACACCGGACCGCGUUGACCAGAUGUCGUCGGGCUGUUGGUGCAACAGACGCUUCCUCACUCUCUGAGACCAAACCAACCCAGACACACUGAAGUUCACGCGCUCCAUGUAUGCAGUAAUAGAAGAAAAUGUACAUUUAGUCGCUAUAGUUCACAGCAUUUCUUCCUUUAUAAGCACUGAAAUGAAUAUUUUAUCAAAGGCUUUUCUCUGUGUAAAGAUUCCUCAGAUCAUCUUAUAGAAGUGUCUGGAAGCCAUAGUCAGUAUUAGUGGGUGUUCUGGCAGCGAUCCGCGUCUUUGCUCGGGUUCAGAAGUGCAAACAUGAAAGGCAGAGAGCAAAGAGCGCCGUUCCCUAAAUGCCCUCGCUGAAUCAGACGCUCUGUUUGUUCGAUCUGUUCUGGACCUACGUCAGAUUCGGGGAAUCUCUGCUGAAUUUUUCACCCAAACGGCAUUGGGUUCUAAUGGCGUGGCCCAGUCGACCAACUCUCGCAUCCGUCUGCUGUUGGACAGGUUCAGGUACCGUACAGACGCCGGCCGGGUCCAUGAACCAGACGUGAUGUUCCAGCCACAGGCCCCGGUCCCCAGACACACAGCUGGACUGCUAAAAGCAGCACCUCGACCCGGCGGCGCUGGGCUGGAGUCCAUUAGCUCCGGGCUCUGAAAGGUUCUGAUCCACUGGGUGUUGAAUGGCGGCUUCCUGACUUCCAGCCCUUCACAGAACGACGGGUCUGUACUGUAAAACAAAUGGGCGAAGGCUUAAAUAUUUAAUUUUGAAUGUAGUCGCGGAGGAAUGUUGUGUUUGUGUUGAAUUGUACCAAAGUUUAGUUCGAAUCGGGGGAAACUGUACAAAUGGCCGCGUGGGGAUUGUACAAAACUCAACGACCCCGUGUGAGCGAACGCUGGUGCACCUUCCAGACCCGUGAACGUGUGCUAGGUGUUCUGCAUGUUGUUGUGUUUUGGGUCCCAUGAGCACCAGUGUAGAUCCACCAAACCACGUCGGACUUUACUGAUCAAACUCAUAAUAAAAAGCAAAUUUGGGACAGGUAGAAAUAGUUUAUUGCUCAUCACUGCUCCAUUGUUUCCCCUGAACCCAGUGAAGUCAGUAGAAACCGUCCAACUCACCAGAAGAGACUGAGCUUUUGCAGAAUCUCAUUCAUUUAAUGCACUUUUCUGUGCCCCAGUCUUUCUCCACCUUUGCCUUUCUUUCUGCAGAUGACAGGAAUGUGUUCUGUGCUGGGAAAUGUAUCGCAUUCAACUGUUUUCCAAUAAAUACGUUUUCUUAAGUCGCCUUGAACUGAAUCGAUUGUGACGGGCUUUUGCGGUUCCUCCUCCGAGACGCUUGUAGGAAAUAAAAAGAGCACACACAGGCCGGAUGAAAGGAGCGGCGCCAAUGAUUCACGGAUGGUUGUGUUUUGAGUUUCUAUUCCCCACUGCAAAAAUAAAGGCGCCGUGUCUUGAGCAUCGAUA